UUCCUGCACUUUUUGAGUUUUUCUUUCACAAGCUCUACCAGGUUCUCACAGUGAAGAUGGGGUUGGGGGGGUGGGGGUAGAAUCCUCUUAUGCUUUUAGCAGAGGAAGUGGAAUAGUAACCAUUUUGAAGUAUGCUCAUGGCAAUCUGUUCUCCUCCUGCCCAAAGUGGGGAAACUACCAGAGUCUGAACAACCUGGGGGAAGGGAAAUACCCAACUCCAGCCCCCUCUAGCCUUGCUGUCUCAUCUAAGGGGAAAAAGGGGCAAGAGGCACUUGUGAAGACCACAGCCAGGCAUUAAGGUCACUAAAAGACUUGUAUCUAACCAUAAGAUUACAGAACACUUUUCCCUCCACCAGCAUCUUACCACAACAUCAGUGGGUUCCUGUAUAGUAAUAGAGUAUUACAGAUGAAAAAAAUUGCAAGACUUGCAUUCUAUUUAAGGAGAUUCUGGGGAAGCUCAAAAAGACAACAGGAGAGAUAGAAAUAAGGACAUUAGAGGAAAUUUUAACCUCUCAUACCUUUAGCUACUAUGAGUAGAGCAUAACUCCUAGUCAAGCUCUAAUGGGAAGAGUGGAUAACAUGCAAGAACUGAUGGGUGAUGUCAGCAAAGAGUUGGAAGCUCUAAGCAAGAAUCAAAAGGAGAGCUUCUUCCCAGCCAGCCACACAAGAGGGAGGCCACAAUGGCAGAUGAGAUCGCCAAGGCUCAGGCCACUUGGCCUGGUAGCAACACAAUCUUUGGGAAGAUCAUUUGGAAGGAAAUUCCAGCCAAAAUCAUUUUUGAGGAAGACUAGUGUCUUGCUUUCCAUAACAUUUCCCCUCAAGCAUCAACAUGUUUUCUGGUGAUACCCAAGAAACUUAUAUGCCAGAUUUCUGCAGCAGAAGAUGAUGAUGAAGGUCUUCUUGGAAAUUUAAUGGUUGUUGUCAUGAAAUGUGCUGCUGUUUUGGGCCUGAAGAAGGGUUAUCGAAUGGUGGUGAAUGAACACCAUGGGGGUGGACAGUCUUUCUAUUAUGUUCAUCUCCAUGUUCUUGGAGGGCAGAUGAACUGACCUCCUGGUUAAGCAUGCUGUAGGGAUAAUUUUCUCUUCUCUAGACUGUGAUCAGGUUUGCAAGUUCCAGUAUGCUAAACAAUUCACUUAUUUUUGCCUGUGUAUGGAGACAUUGCAGAAAU